AAAAACUGCGAAAGCCCUAGGGAGAAAUUUAAAAAAAAGAAAAAAAACCCAGUGCCAUCGAGUCAAUUCCAACUCAUAGCGACGCUAUACCCAACCCACUGCCAUCGAGAAGACUAUAGCAGCUAUCAAAAAGAACAUUUCCCAAGUCUACCAACCAUUCAUGUCAUUGUGGAGAUUUUGAAAGCUUUUGCUCAUAUAUCAAAUUAACAAAUCUAAGUGUCUACAUUCACAGGCACAUCAGAGAGCCUGUGAACCCAACCCAGCAAGAUGCAGAGCACUUGAAUCAUCUAAACCAGGCUUAGCCCCUCCCCCCAGGAGGCAGGCAGCACCAUCUGACCAGAUUUGAUUGGUCCCAGCACUUUAGGAAGGGGCAUUUAAGGAAGAAAGAGGAUGCUGCUAAGAGGCUAGCCAGCAAGGACAGGAGAAGUGAAAAGGGAACAGUGGUUUCACCUCCCAGGACAAAAGACCAUUCAUAGGGGCAGAAAAGAUUCAGGAGAGGCAGAGAAGUGAGAAGCUGGGAAGGUGCUUACUAUCAGGUUUGUGAAAGGGACAACUAGAAUAACAAGGAGAAGUUAUGUAUCCUUUCCAAUGAAGUGAAAGGGGAGGUAACAGGUCAUUUUAUGAUCCAAUUAGAGGAGAGGACUAGAGAUUUCAGGAGUCAACCCAGGAAUCCCAGGGGUUCAGUGAGGAUGGAGUUUAAAGAAAAGCCUGACAGCAAUGCGACACUUGUAGGAAAGAGUCAGCCAUACCUAGGUGAGAAGCAUCAGGCAGAUGGAGAGCCAGUAGCAAAUGGAAAAGCUGAAGUCUACGUAAAGCAGGAGACAAAUGGGAAGCACGCAGUGCCUGGGAAAAGCCUCAACAUGUACAGCUGGCAGGAGAUCCAGAAGCACAAUCAGCAAACUGACCAGUGGCUAGUGAUCAACCGCAAAGUUCACGACGUCACCAGCUGGGCCCACAGGCACCCAGGUGGGCAGCAGGUCCUCAGUCACCAUGCUGGGGAAGAUGCCACGGAUGCCUUCCGGGCCAUGCACUUGGACCUCGAUGUUGUGCGGUUGUACCUUAAGCCACUGCUCAUCGGAGAACUUGCCCCAGGAGAGCCUAGCCAGGAGAGAAACAAAAAUUCCCAGUUGGUGGAAGAUUUCCGAGAAAUGCGACGUUUAUUAGAGGCUAAGAACAUGUUCAAGGCCAACUUGGGGUUCUACUUCCUUCAUCUGGCCCAGAUCUUGAUUUUGGAAGCCUUGGCUUGGCUAUUAGUGUGGAAUUUUGGCAGUUGCUGGACUGUUACAAUACUCAUUUCCUUUCUGCUCACAAUUUCUCAGGCUCAGAGUUCAUUUUUGCAGCAUGACGUAGGACAUCUUUGCGUGUUUAAGAAGUCCAAGUGGAACCACCUGAUGCACAAAUUUGUAAUGUGCCAUCUCAAGGGCUUUUCAACAAACUGGUGGAAUUACCAACACUCCCAACAUCACGUAAAACCGAACAUCUACCCCAAAGACCCAGAUAUUAACAUGGGCCCACUUUUUGUGGUUGGAGAUUUACAACCUGUCAAGUAUGGCAAGAAGAAAAUGAAAUACAUCAACUAUGAAAAGCAGCACCUCUACUUCUACAUGAUUCUGCUCCCCCUGCUCAUGCCUGUAUAUUUCAACCUGCAAUCCAUGCAAGCAGUGUAUCUUCGAAGAUAUUGGGUGGACAUGGCCUGGAUCAGCAGCUUUUACAUCCGCUAUUUCAUCACAUUUGGCCCUUUCUAUGGAAUCUUUGGAACCGUGUUGCUCAUAUAUUUUGUCAAGUUGCUUGAAAGUCCCUGGAUUGCAUAUGUUACCCAGAUGAGCCACAUACCAAUGAAAAUGAGCCUAGAAGAGAACUGGGACUGGUUCAGCACUCAGGUCUUGACCACCUGUAAUGUUGAACAGUCUUUUUUCAAUGACUGGUUCACUGGACACCUGAACUUCCAAAUCGAGCACCAUCUGUUUCCCACAAUGCCACGCCAUAAUUAUCACAAGGUGGCGCCACUGGUGAGGUCACUCUGUGCCAAGCAUGGAUUGCAGUAUGUGAAAAAGCCUUUACUGCAGGCAUUUGGAGAUAUCGUCAGGACCCUGAAGAAAUCCGGAGCUCUCUGGGCGAAGGUCUACUACGAGACAUGAUGCAGAACGUCAGCCUUGGCAUAGGAUUGCAUCUAAAAGGGGUGUUGGUGAAUGUGCAAGAGCUCUUCCCUGCUUGCCGCCCUUGCAUUGACACAUGUGAGUGGACUAGGAGCAUGAAAUCCAGGAGACAUGAUAACUCCUUCCUUGCAGGUCUUCUUUGUAAAGAAGAAGCAGAGGAAACACAAAAUGACUUUGAUCAAAGUAGCAAAGGGAAAGCGGGGGUGAGAGAUUUUGUUUUUUCAAUAUGAUCUUGACUUAAUCCUACAAAGAAACCUAAUUGUACUGAUUAAAAGGAAAUAGGAAGAAGCGGACCAAAGGAGAGACACCUGACGGGGUACUUUAGGAAACGGUGCAAUCACUCUUAGAAGACAAUCAUGGUAUAUAAGAAGCAGCUGUAGAAAUACAAAUUUUUGCUAAUUUCUUUUUAAAAACACAAUUUUUCUCUAUAAAAAUGAACAUUAAAAUCUCUUUAAAUAUCUCAAUAUACAUUCACAUUUUUGUUAUUAUACCUGCAUAUGUCUGAUUAGUGUGUGUAUAUAUUUUUUUUUCCAAGAGGAGAAAUUACGAUUUCUAUAAAUCUCUUAAAGGAACUUCCUACAUUCAGUCUCAAUAGCAAUUGAUCAAGCAGGUUAAGGUUUACAUAUAAAGGAUGUCCUGUGUUCCACUAAGAAAUAGACUGUUCUGAGUAUAAGAUUUUGUUGUUCGCUUCCUACCCAUCCGAGUAGAACUACCAUACCUCAUUGGGUGACCUGAUGAAAGAAAGGGUUCUGUUUUCUAUAAUGUCCCAAGCUCUGUCGAGGCAUUAUUCUAGCUUGGCACUAGAUUAAACAUAUCUUAAGAUGAGAGAUGAGAGGGACAAGUGGGAGAAUUCUCCCCUUUCAUGCAGGAAUCCCAGGUUCCUCACGUAUAGCCACUACCCAUCUGUUGGUGGAGGCUUGCAUGUUGCUAUGAUGCUGAACAGGUUUCAGUGGAGCUUCAAGACUAGAACAAUCUAGAAAGAAAGGCCUAGUGAUCUACUUCCAAACAUCAGCCAA